AUGAACCAAAUUUUGCCGCUCUCCAAACAGUUAUUGUGCGGAGGUCUGCCCUGUUGGCUUACCGUGAAGAUGGUUUUUAUCAACGGAAUAAAAUACGCCUGCGCAACUUGUAUCAAGGGCCACAGGUCAACCGCUUGUCACCAUGGAGAUCGGACCCUCUAUGAGAUCAAACGAAAAGGUCGACCGAUAACACAGUGCACACAUUGUCGAGAACUUCGCAAAACACAGAGAGUCCAUGUCAAAUGUACAUGCAAUGAGCGUAAAAUUGGAGACGUAAUAUUACCAGGGACUCAAAGUGCAAUUUCACUCAGUAAUCCAAACAUUGAUGUGUCGAGUUUAACUGGAGCCAAUAUUGGUCUGAAUUAUAAGCAUUCAGGUAGGAAUGUUACUGUUAAGCAGCCACCGUUAGUUUUCUAUCUCAUACUAAGUAUAACAAUGGCAUUUGUAGUUGAGGCUUUGCUGAACCCUUGUAGAUGUAGGAUAGGAGCUAAAUGCAUUUGCUGUCGACCAAUUGAUGAAGAGAAGGAUUCAUCGGGUCAACGACGUCGGAGACGUAGCAAACCUAAUAAACAAUGCCAUAUGAACAAUAAUAGUAAAGGAAAGAGCAAUUCACCCGAGGUUGUAACCGUUCGAAAAUUGGCACCACGUCUAUCGUUUCAAGAACCUUCUAGUAAUUCACUCUGUCUACCCUCAUCGACUGUUGUCGUACCGGAUAGAAAUGAAGAUAUCAGUAGCGUCUCGUCGAACACGUCUGAAUCUUUUGAACAAAUCGAAUUGUCGAUAUCCGAUUCACAAGAUUUAUUAUCACAAAUCUCUCAUGAAUCGACUACUCCAUCGCCUCAAGACUCCCUUGAGCCGUGCUUGUCCCGUCAAGACGAUGAUUGUGAAGAUUAUGCUAUAUAUGAGAGUGAAGUCCUGGGUGAGACUGUGACUCAGGGUUCUUCAGAAGAUCUUGUUAACAUGAUCUAUCGGCCAUUUCAAAGUUGUGCAUCUACGUUUGAUGAUGGAAGUUGUUGUGGGACGCGUGCUUGUCAUUGCGGUCCAUCGUGCUCUUGUGAUGGGUGUACUACCCAUUCACAAUCAGGGGAGCGGCGUAGUAAUUUAGCUUCAAGUUCCAUAGACAGUAAUGAAUGCUGUCGGAUAGACAUAAAGAAAUUGAUAAAUCCAGAACACUCAGUAAUAAUCGAUGAGGAUGGGGUAGAACUUUGUGGUUGUGGGUGCAAAAAGCCAAAUUCUGAAUGUUCUGAUUGCGUUGCUAGUCUUUGCGAAG